AUUAAAUUUGCUUUAAUAGAGAAAAUUCGAGUGUUUUACUCACUAUUUAAUGAGUAGUUCUUCUACAAAAUAUAUUGAGCUUUUAAAGUAGCUCAACUAUACCAAUAAAUUUAAGUAGAAUAAAUAAAAUUUAGACAGCAUGUUGCACAUUCUCAAAUUAGUUGGCAAUCCAUAAGAUAGUCUUAAAUGUGUCCACAUAGCAGGAACAAACGGGAAAGGUUCAGUUUCUUUAAAAAUUAGCAAGGCUUUAUAAUUAAAUGGAUUGAAGACAGGUCUUUUCACAUCUCCCCAUUUAUUUUACUAUGGCGAAAGAAUUUAAAUCAAUGGAUAAUAUUGGGAAGAAGAUUUUGUCACAGAAAACUUAUCCACACUAUUCAGCAUAGCAAAUAAGAAUAAUAUUUAGCUCACAUUUUUCGAUUAUUUAACAGGUUUGAUGAUGAUUUAUUUCAAAGAGAAAAAAGUUGAUGUUGCUGUCUUGGAAUGUGGUCUAGGAGGCAAGUUAGAUUCCACAAACGUAAUUCAAAACCCAUUAGCAAGUGUUAUUACAUCGAUUGGAUUAGAUCAUACUGAAGUAUUAGGAAAUACUUAUUCAGAAAUUGCUCUAUAAAAAUCUGGAAUCAUAAAACCGAAAUGUCCUGUUAUCAUAGGACCAAAUGCAAUCCCAUAUUCAGUUUUUCAAGAAUAAGCUGCCAUAAAUUAAGCAAGUCUAUAUAAAGUAAAGCAAACUACAUUCUAGUUACAUGAUUACAAUAUAGAAAACACCGACAUUGCAAGGGAGACUAUGAAAGUAAUUAAAAUGACAUAUCCAGAUUUCAAUAGCUUGGAUGACAAUCUUAUAGAAGAAGGGAUUAAAGCAGAGCAAAUAUGCAGAAUGGAAAGCUUAGAAGCGUCUUUGGCUAAAAAAUACAGUCCUUAUAAAAUAAUAUUUGAUGUAGGACAUAAUCCUCCUGCUUUGGAAAAAGUUUUGCUGAGAAUAAAAAAAUUCUAUCCACAUAAAAAAGUGAGAAUAGUCUAUGGAACUUCUUCAUAGAAAGAUGCAAUAGAUUCUUUAAUGGUUCUAGCUAAGUAAUGUGAUUAUAUUCAUCUUAUUUAGGCAACACACUUUAGAGCUAUGAAAAUUAAUUACUUGCAUAAUUGCAGUCUACAAUUAAAAAAUAACAUGCAAAAUUAUGAAGACAUCUUUAUGCCUCUUAGCAAAGAAGGUGAAAUUAAAGCUACAUUAGAUUAUGCUCUCAAAAAUUCAGAUAAGUCAGAAAUACUUCUCAUUUGUGGGUCAUUCUUUAUUUAAAAAGAAGCAAGAGAAUACUUUGGUAUACAAGAUAAAAAAGAUCCUAUUUAACUGAGCUCAAGAUGAAUAAACUAACUAACAAACAAACAAAAAAACAUACAGAAUUUUUUAAUAUUUUAAAGUCAAAUGUAAAUAAAUGCAAAUAAAAAAAUUAAAUGAAAUAUCUUUUUAAAUUUAAUAUUUAAAUGAAUGCAAAAUGUUCUAAAAAUAAAUACAUAAAUG